GUAAUAAGAUACUCCACGCUUCACGAAAGCACAAAAUGGAAGUCGCUGGAGAUCCCAACCUAGCGGAUUCCUCGUCGCAAAUACCUCGUCGCCUUGCGGAGUUCGAGUCACCUUGGAACAAGCUAACACCCGAGCUGCAUCUGCGUGUUGCUAACUACUUGCCGGUAUCGGAUGUGGUCAUGGGGCUCAAGCUGAGCUGCAAGGACGCGGCUGCAUGCCUCCGCGAGGACUACUCCACGAUCCAGCUUGCGGCGAGACCAGCACAGAGGCGCCAACCCAAUCAUCUUAAUCCAGUCAUAUCGGCCUCGCCCUGGCCCGCUUGGCAGUUCGUGGCGCAUUGGGGCCGGCCCGAGCCCUGGCGACUGCUCACCCUCCGCCAGCGCCAGCGCCUGCUGUGCCUCGCCGCCAGCAGCGGGGACGCACCCAGCUUGGACGCGGCUCUGGCGCACUGCGGCUGCAGCUUGAGCAGCGAGGUGCUGAUUUCGGCAGCAGCAGCCGGGUGCACGGCGGCCUGCAAGCGGCUGCUGGAGGAGGGCUGCGAGGCGGACCUCAACGCCGCCUGCGCCGCGGCAGAGGCGGGCCACCGACACCUGUGCGCGUUGCUGUGGUCCAAGCGCUGCUGGGACCAUACAUUCCUUGACGGGGACGGCGGCGGCGACGGCCCGGAUGCAGAGGACUUGGCGCGUGUGGCGGAGGCUGCCUGCGCCGGCGGCCACGCGCACGUGCUGCAGUGGCUAGAGAUGCACGAGGGCCUGUACGACGAUGCCGAGCGCUGGGGCCGGGAGUACCGACGGCAGGAGAUCAACGAAGGCCUGGCGGCGGCGGCGGCGCGCGGCGGCCACGUGCCACUGCUGCAGCAGCUGCUGGCCAAGCUGCCGCAGCCCCAAGCCGGCUCGGGGCAGGACAUCAAUUGGUCCCGCCUGCUGUGUGACGUGGCGCUGGGCUGCCCGCUGCCCGUGCUCCGCGAGCUGGCCGGCCGGUGGCGGCAGCUCGAGCCGCCGCAGCCGCGGCAACAGCAGCAGCAACAGCAACAGCUGCAGCUGGGUGCGCAGAGGGGCGGUGGCGUCGGCCGUGACAUCCUGCUGCGCGCACUGGGCAGCCACACGCCCGACUGGCGGGACAAGGCGGAGUGGGUGCUAUCGCGGCGGUCCGAGCUGCUGGCGGCGGCCACGACCGGUCCGGGCAGCGCCUUGCGGCCGGAUGGUGUCGGUGGCUACGACUGGGCGGCCGCGCAGCCCGACUAUGAGCAGCGGCUGCGAUACCUGGUGACGGACAAGGGCGCGCGGUCGCUGCCGGCGGAGGCGGCGGAGGCGGCAGCCGCGGCGGGCGACGUGGGCGCCUUGCGCUUCCUGCUGGAGGAGUGCGGCAUGCGGCUGCCAGACACAUGCGUCUCCGGGGCCGCGCAGUGCGGACAGCACGCGGUGCUGGAGUUCCUGCGGGGCCGCGGGCAGCUGCCGAGCUACAGUGGUGGCGGCCGCACCCUUAAUGCGGGCGAGGCGCCGGUGGGCGUGUUGGCGGCGGCGGCGGUGGUCGCGGCAAGGGAUGCGCGGCACGCGGGUUACGCGAUGAGCCACGCAUACCAGGAACGUGACUUCUGGUCUCGCGUCUUCAGUCAGGCCGCAAGCCAGGGCGCCGACGUCACCACGCUGCGCUACCUGCAUGAGGCGCUGGGGGCGCAGGUGCAGCUGAGGUGCAUUGCCCAAGCCGGAUCUCUGGAGCAGCUGGAGUGGGCGCUCGGCGUGGCAUUGGCGGGUGGGGACGCAGCGCCGCCGCAGCUGGGUCCGGCGCCUGGAGCGCUGCUGCAAGCGGCCCUGGACAGCGGCAACCUCGUGGCCGCCGCUCUGCUGCAUGCGCGUGGCCUGGCGCCUGCGCCGCUCGCUGUGAAUGAACUGGUUCGCCUCUGCGACAAGUACGCCCACGAUUCGGGUGGUUUCGGCGCCCUGCGCUGGAUCCUGGAUCAGUUGCGGAACGGGCACGGGCAGGGGGGCGGGCAGACGGCAGCGGACAAGUGUUCCCCGGUCACGGGAAAAGGGGGAGUGGCGGGUGAUGCAGGCCCAGGCGCAGCAGCGGCGGCGGGCGCAGCAGCAACGGCCGGCAGUGCAGAGGCUGCCAGUUGCAGGGCCGCGUCGGGCCUCACCGAUGCGGAGUGGGCCGAGGUGCUCCUUGCGGUGGGGGUGGCUGGACUGCUGCACGGCCGCUUCUCUACGAACCAGUGGGAGUGGCUGCGAGCCGCCUUCCUCGCCAGCCCUGUGUCGCCGCACGCCACGGCCGCGUCCACGGCUCAAAGGUUCGCGGGCUGGGUGGCGCGGGACCUCAUCAGAAGGCGCAUGCAUGCACUGGAGGAGGAGCCGGUGGGCUCCGCCGGGUCGGGGCACACGGAGGCCGCGGCUGCGGAGAAGGCGGCGCGCUUGGAGCGGGAGCGGGUGGCGGGCGUGAUGGAGGUGCGGGCGGCGGCAGUGGCAGGUGUGGAGACGAGCUUCCGAGACGGAGCGCAGAGGGAGGACAAGUGGAUGGCGGACGCGGAUGCGCAGGCCGAGAACGAGGCGGCCAUGUACGAUGACGCGGGCUAUAACACCGAUCGUGACGAUAUCGAUGACGACGACCUUGGCGACCCCUUUUAUCCGUACUAGCUCCUCGGGUGCGUGAGUGGCGCGCGCACGUGGCCGGCAACACGCUAGCAGGCCCUGUGGCUUUCACGCAGUCCGUUGAGGGUUUGAGUGCGGAGAUGCAGGUUGAGUGGUUGUGUGGGCUGGGUGGGAUCUGAAGCGUGUGCACUCCAGCAGCUGUGCGCAAUGGAAAUGGCCACAGCAGCCGUGCAAGGCAUUCCGGCAGACUUUUAAGGGCGGGUUGGGGUGUUUGUGCAUGCGCGUAUGUUGGAGGUGGCAAUCGGACGGAAACGAUGUAAGCUUGGGUGCAG